UGUUUGAAAUGACGGAGGACAUUGCAGUUUCUAUAGUGAAUGACUCUUGCGCACCAGCUACCAUGAAAUAGGGAGAAAUACCCCCACUUGGACGGCUAUUUUUCCACUGAGAAAGCUGAUCCUCAGAAAGCUGACAGCAUCUCUGCUUGGGAGUGGCAACAGAUGAUGCAAGCAGCCCGAUGCCCGACAGAUGAGCUGUCACUGACGAACUGUGCUGUAGUGAAUGAGAAAGACCUGCAGUCUGGACAGCAUGUGAGCGUGAGGACAACACCUGCCCACAAGUUUGUGUUCACAGUGAAGUGCCACCACUCUGUGGUUCCUGGAACCAUCGCUUUCAGUUUGCCACAGAGAAAAUGGGCAGGCCUGUCCAUCGGACAAGAAAUAGAGGUGACCAACUACAACUUUGACAAAUCCAAGCAGUGUAUUGGUGCCAUGACCAUUGAGAUUGACUUUCUGCAGAAAAAGAGCACUGACUCCAGUCCCUACGACUCUGACAAAAUGGCUGCCGAGUAUAUCCAGCAUUUCAACAAUCAAAGUUUCUCUGUAGGACAACAGAUGGUCUUCAGUUUCUGUGACAAGCUCUUUGGGCUAGUUAUAAAGGAUAUUGAGGCUAUGGACUCAAGCAUACUGAAGGGGGAACCAGCAUCUGGGAAGAAGCAAAAGAUUGAGAUCGGUCUGUUGGUUGGAAACAGUCAAGUGAUCUUUGAAAAGUCAGAGAGCUCGUCCCUUACCCUAGUUGGCAAGGCCAAGACCAAAGAAGCCCGUCAGGCCAUCAUUAACCCUGACUGGAACUUUGAGAAAAUGGGCAUUGGUGGUCUAGACAAGGAGUUCUCUGACAUCUUCCGUAGGGCCUUUGCCUCUCGAGUCUUUCCUCCAGACAUUGUGGAACAGAUGGGUUGCAAGCAUGUGAAAGGCAUCCUGCUCUUUGGUCCUCCUGGUUGUGGGAAAACACUGAUGGCCAGGCAGAUCGGUAAGAUGCUGAAUGCCAGAGAGCCAAAGAUAGUCAACGGUCCAGAGAUCCUCAACAAGUACGUGGGUGAAUCUGAGGCAAACAUCAGAAAACUGUUUGCAGAUGCUGAGGAGGAACAGAAAAGGUUGGGCGCUAACAGUGGCCUCCACAUCAUCAUCUUUGAUGAAUUGGAUGCUAUCUGUAAGCAGCGUGGUACAGGUGCAAGCAGCACAGGUGUGCACGACACUGUAGUCAACCAGCUCCUGUCAAAGAUAGAUGGAGUGGAGCAGCUCAACAACAUCCUUGUCAUAGGCAUGACUAACAGACCUGACCUGAUAGAUGAAGCUUUGAUGAGACCUGGCCGAUUUGAAGUGAAGAUGGAGAUUGGUUUGCCGGAUGAGAAGGGCCGUGUUCAGAUCCUGAACAUUCACACAUCUAAGAUGCGAGAGUUUAAUCUCCUGGCUUCUGAUGUGGAUGUUAAAGAACUGGCUGCUGAGACCAAGAACUACAGUGGAGCUGAACUGGAGGGCCUGGUUCGAGCCGCCCAGUCUACUGCUAUGAACCGCCACAUUAAGGCUACAUCUACUGUAGAGGUAGACAUGGAGAGAGCAGAGAAGCUACAGGUCACUCGUACAGAUUUCAUGGCAUCCUUGAAUAACGACAUUAAACCUGCUUUUGGUACCAACCAGGAAGACUAUUCCAGUUUCAUCAUGAACGGCAUCAUUAAGUGGGGGGAUCCAGUCACCAGAGUGUUGGAAGAUGGAGAGCUGCUGGUACAGCAGACUAAGAACAGUGAUCGCACUCCACUAGUGUCUAUGCUUCUUGAGGGACCUCCUCACAGUGGAAAGACAGCCCUGGCUGCAAAGAUCUCAGAGGACUCACAGUUCCCCUUCAUUAAGAUCUGCUCUCCUGACAAGAUGAUUGGCUACUCAGAGAUCUCCAAAUGCCAGGCCAUCAAGAAGAUCUUUGAUGAUGCCUACAAGUCUCAGCUCAGCUGUAUUGUGGUUGAUGACAUUGAGCGUCUAUUAGAUUAUGUGCCGAUUGGUCCUCGCUUCUCAAACCUGGUCCUCCAGGCCCUGCUGGUCUUGUUGAAGAAAACUCCACCUCAUGGACGUAAGCUGCUGAUCAUUGGCACCACCAGCCGUAAAGAUGUGCUGCAGGAGAUGGAGAUGCUGGAUGCGUUCAGUACCACCAUCCAUGUGCAAAAUAUCUCCAGUGGCGAACACCUGGUUGAAGCUCUUGAGCUCCUGGGCAGCUUUACAGAUGCUGAGAGAACCGCCAUAGCCCAGCAUGUGAAGGGAAAAAGAGUGUGGAUUGGCAUUAAAAAGCUUCUCAUGCUUAUUGAGAUGUCCCUGCAGAUGGAUCAGGCAUACAGAGUCAGCAAGUUCCUCUCUCUACUCAAAGAUGAGGGAGCGGAUCGUGGUUUCUUGGAGUAACAGAAGACAUCUAGAAAACAACUAGAGGCAUCUGAUGCCCUCUGCAUGUUCUCUUGGCUACAAACUCAGCCCAAACACCACCCUCACAAUAGCCUACUGAAAACCUUACGGAGGUCUCCACUCAUAUCCAACCACAAUAUCAAAUAUCAUCUUGUGCAUUGUGUAAUAUUUCUGUACACUGUUUGUUUAACUGAAUACUGCAUCUGUUUAAAUCAAGUUUAUCAAUAUCUACUCAAAAGCCAUGAAGAUGUAAAAAGGUCUGAUAAAAAUACAUGUAUAUAUGCUGCUAUAUGCAUAACAUAUAUAGGGCAUCCAUAUCUUGCAACAUGUGAAAUAUAUAAGUAGGAUAUAUGAAAGCUGUUAGUGUGUAUGUGCAAUGAAGAUGAGCUGUGCUGUCCGUAGUGUGCAAAGCAGAACAAAAACCCUUUGUGAAUGUGUUGUGGUAACAAAAGAAUACAACAUAGAUCACAGUGUUAUAAUUUUUCUGUUUAUUUCAGUUUGAACAUAGAUGGUGGUUAUGAUGUCAGAGCUGGUAAUAUAUAUAUAUAUAUAUAUAUAUAUAUAUAUAUAUAUAUAUAUAUAUAUAUAUAUAUAUAUACACACACACAAUUGUGCUCAAAAGUUUGCAUACCCUUGGAGAAUUGGUAAUAUAUGUACCAUUUUUAAAGAAAACAUGAGUGAGCAGGCAAAACACAUUUCUUUUAUUUCUUAUGGGAUUCAUAUUCAACUGUAGGUUAUAACAGAAUGGCACAAUCAUAAAACAAAACAUGGCAACAAUGAAAAAAAUGAAAUGACCCCUGUUCAAAAGUCUGCAUACCCUUAGUUCUUAAUACUGUGUAUUGCCCCCUUUAGCAUCAAUGACAGUGUGCAGUCUUUUGUAAUAGUUGUCUAUGAGGCCCCAAAUUCUUGCAGGUGGUAUAGCUGCCCAUUCGUCUUGGCAAAAUGCCUCCAGGUCAUGCAAAGUCUUUGGUCGUCUUGCAUGAACUGCAUGUUUGAGAUCUCCCCAGAGUGGCUCGAUGAUAUUAAGGUCAGGAGACUGUGAUGGCCACUCCAGAACCUUUACCUUUUUCUGCUGUAACCACUGGAGGGUCAACUUGGCUUUGUGCUUAUGGUCAUUGUCAUGCUGGAAAUUCCAAGAGCGUCCCAUGCGCAGCUUUCGUGCAGAAGAAUGCAAAUAGUCUGCCAGUAUUUUCUGAUAACAUGCUGCAUUCAUCUUGCCAUCAAUUUUCACAAGAUUCCCUGUGCCUUUAGAGCUCACACACCCCCAAAACAUCAGUGAGCCACCACCACGCUUCACAGUGGGGAUGGUAUUCUUUUCACUAUAGGCCUUGUUGACCCCUCUCCAAACAUAGCGCUUAUGGUUGUAACCAUAAAGCUCUAUUUUGGUCUCGUCACUCCAAAUUACAGUGUGCCAGAAGCUGUGAGGCAUGUCAAGGUGUUGUCGGGCAUAUUGUAACCGGGCUUUUUUGUGGCAUUGGUGCAGUAAAGGCUUCUUUCUGGCAACUCGACCAUGCAGCUCAUUUUUGUUCAAGUAUCGUUGUAUUGUGCUCCUUGAAACAACCACACUGUCUUUUUCCAGUGCAGCCUCUAUUUCUCCUGAGGUUACCUGUGGGUUUUUCUUUGUAUCCCGAACAAUUCUUCUGGCAGAUGUGGCUGAAAUCUUUCAUGGUCUACCUGACCUUGGCUUGGUAUCAAGAGAUCCCAGAAUUUUCCACUUUUAAUAAGUGAUUAAACAGUACUGACUGGCAUUUUCAUGGCUUUGGAUAUCUUUUAUAUCCUUUUACAUCUUUAUAAAGUUCCAUUACCUUGUUACGCAGGUCUUUUGACAGUUCUUUUCUGCUCCCCAUGGCUCAGUGUCUAGCCAGCUCAGUGCAUCCACGUGAGAGCUAACAAACUCUACGUUAAGACACUAAUUGCAAUUUUAAAAGCCACAUGUGUGGGAAAUUAACUUUUAAUUGCCAUUUAAACCUGUGUGUGUCACCUUGUGUGUCUGUAACAAGGCCAAACAUUCAGGGGUAUGUAAACUUUUGAUCAGGGCCAUUUGGGUGAUUUCUGUUAUCAUUAUGAUUUAAAAAGGAGCCAAACAACUAUGUUAUAAUAAAUGGCUUCAUUUGAUCACUAUCCUCAAAUAAAAGACAGCUUUUUUUUUUUCUUUUUUUUUGCAUGAUCAGUCAUAUUUUCAAAAUCAAUGCCAAAAUUUCAUAAUUUCUGCCAGGGUAUGCAAACUUUUGAGCACAUCUGUGUGUGUGUGUGUGUGUGUGUGUAUAUAUAUAUAUAUAUAUGUAUAUGCGUGUGUGUGUGUGUGUACAGUAUCUUGACUGUGUGUGUGUCAAGACCAGUGUUUGAGAAUCCAGCACAAUGAGACCAUUCUUGAAUAUAUUAUGGCAGAUUGGUUCUACAGUGUAUUGAUAAUAUGUUGUGUUCACUACAUGAGUGAAUGUUGGUGUGUGUUUGAGUGAGUGUAUCUGGAAGUUGUCUCAAUGAAGGCUACAGGUCAGCUUCAGAGUGAACUUGCUUGUGUGGGUGUAUUUAUCUGUGUAUGUGUAUUGUGUGUAGAUAUUGUUUGGAAAUUACUAUUUAUGAAUUUGUUGUUUUAUGUAUUUAUUUUUGCCUGCCCUGUAAUUCACUUGUGUUUUAGUUUUUUAUUUAAUUUUGUUUUGUUUCUGUGACCAGUGUUCGAUGUCCUGAGCUUUGAGAUCUGUUAUGACUAUUGUUGGAGGUAUAUGAUCAGAUGCAAAAUUGUGUUACUGCAAUAAAAAUUAAAAAAAAAAAAAAAAGAAAGAAAGAAAUCAAAAGCAAA